AUGGCCGCACAACGCCCUACGUGCCUUCCAAGUGCACCAUCAUUUGAUCCUUAUCUCCAGAAAAUCACUUCUCCAGGGUCCCGAUACAAUGAAACAUUCAGGAUUGCAAAACAUCAGUUUAUUGCCCCAGAGGCCUAUCAGCUGAACAACAUGGGACGCAAAAAAAUUCAAAUUUCGCGCAUUACAGAUGAACGUAACAGACAGGCAUUGAAUAAAAAAGAGCAUAAAAAUGGUGCUUGCAGUCCUGAUAGUCCAGAAGGAGACUCAGAGUAUCAAUUAACACCCAGGACUGAAGCAAAAUAUAACAAAAUUGAUGAAGAAUUUCAGAUGAUGAUGCAGCGUGGUAAUCAGUUAAAUAAUAGGGUGGGACAAGGAAGCUAUUCUCAUAAUCUUCCUGUUACUGUACCUGUGGGAUAUUCUGACUCAAAUUUAUUGCAGUCGAGCCCACAUAUGGGUCAAAAUACAAGUUUAAGCCCUAGACCAUCUUCUUCAGAUGCUGAUUCAGUUUACCCAUCAGGCGGAAUGCUUGAAAUGAGUAAUGGAUACCCUCAUUCGGCUUCACCUUUAGGUGGAUCUCCAUCACCUGGUCCACCUGGAACUCAUUUAGGAAAACCGCCGCCGCCACCUCCUCCUAAGCACAGUUCACCUGCACCAUCUCGGACAAAUCUUAGGGUUGUUAUACCGAAUACUCAUGAUGAUGGUGGUGGAGGAAAUGGAGGUGGUGUUGGUACUUCUCUAAAUACUCCUGUGGUUGCGCUACAAACGCCUGUUCUUGGUUCAUUCCCUGGUAUAUACACUGAUAUUUCAAAUCCAGAAAUGGGUUUAGCCUCAGCUCUGUCAUGGACUUCUUCUAUAACUUCAUCGAUAGCCCAUACAAGUGGGUUGCCUCAUCUUGGUGUCAGCAGCUCUCCACCCCCUUCCUCUCCAUCUCCUCGUUCUGUUAGAAUAAAGAGUGAACCAAUAUCACCCCCAAGAGAUCACCCUUUAAGUCAUUUGCCUCAUCCUCUAAGUCAUCACAUUCCUCCAGGAGGAAUGGGAACAUCACCAGGAGACCAAAGGCAUGAAUAUGAUGGAGGUCCUAUGAGUAAAAGGCCAAGAGACAAUUGGAGUACAUAGCCACCAUUUAACUCUCUGCUAUCCUCUGUAAUGGACGCAGAGAGGUAUGACUUGCAGUGACGUGCUAUAGUGGUUACCUCAUUAGAUUCUUUGUGCAAUCGUGACCACAGUGUAAUGUGCCAUUUUUUUCACAGUUCAAACACUCGCAAAAGUCAAGUAUGAGUGUCUAAUAAACACAUCUUUAAUUGAUAGUUAUAACGUUGAGCUCACUUUCAUAUGCAUUUUUUAAAGAAAUGUAUACUUUAAAUACAUUUAAAUUUUUGUGAACCAAAUUACAUGCCUUAAAAUAUUGUUAAAAGGUGGUAAAUUUUAUUGUAAUACUACGUUUAAGUUUAAAUUUUGUGUGUGUGUAUGUGUAUGUAUAUAUAUAUAUAUAUAUAUAUAUAUAUAUAUAUAUAUAUAUAUAUAUGUAUAUAUGUAUGUAUGUAUGUAUAUAUGUAUAUGUAUGUUUUGCCACAAUUUGGGAAAUGUGCUAUUAUUGUUUGGCAUUUGAAUAUAUAUGUAUAUGUAUGUGUAUAUAAAUAUAUAUACAUAUAUACAUAUUUAUAUAUUUAUAUGUAUGUGUGUAUUUUGCCAAAUUAUUGGCAUUCCCUCGAAAUUUUAGUGAAGAUUUCUCAAAAUAUGGGAAUUACUCACAUUAUUGCUGUUCUUCCUUAUGUAAAAAUUUUUAUUAAAUAGUAAUGUGUAUUAUACAUGUUAAAUAGAUAGUUCUUGAUGUUACCCUAAAAUAUAUGUUGUAUAUUUCUGAUAUGUUAGAUGUUUCAUGUUUUUCUAUAAUAUAAAUAUAUGUAUAAAAAAAUAUACAGAUAUUACAUUUUUUUAUAAUCAUUGUUAUUUCAAUUAAGUUCAGCCUGUUUUUUCAAGUGCUUCGUUGUUCGUUAAACUUGAAAAGAAGAGUAAAAUAAUAUUUUUAUUUUUAUCAUCAUAUAUACAUAAAAAUUCACACUGUUGUACCUUGCAUUAAUGUAAUUUGAAAUUUAUUAUAUUUAUGACCUAAAGGUUGGAAAUACGAUUUAUAACUAAUACGAUUAACAAUAUUUGCAUUUUGUUUUUGUUUUUUGUAAUAUCCUACCUAAUUUUUUAUAGAAGAAUAAUUUUACCAUAUUUAUUUCAUUCACCAUUAUAAUUGAUAUCAUUAGUCAGCUCUGUAAUUACAAGUAUUCUACUCAGUUUUCAUAAUUUUUAAACUUAGGUACCAAUAUACCUUAAAUGAUUAGAUUUUUUUUAAAAAUAUGCAUAUACAUUCAUAUAUAUAUAUAUAUGAAUCUAAUACAUCAAGUCGGUAUAUGUGAAAAUCUAAUGAAGUAAAGAUGUCUGUUUAUGUUUUAUGUAAUUGUUAUAUUUUUAUUAAAAUUAAGCUAUGUGAUACCUACUUUUUUGCGCUAGUCAGUAGCCAAAUAAGUUUAAUGUUCGUGUGAUCAGGAUUUUUUUCCACAGCCUAAGUGAUAUCUUUUAGAAAACAUGAAAAAUAGUUAUCUAUUUUUGUAUUAUAGUAAUAAAUAAUAAGGUUUCCAAAAAUUUAGAUAAUUUUGCUUUCAAAGGGCCCAGUUAUGAUUUGUGCUUAUCAUACUUACACAGCUGACUAGUGACAUUAAGCACAACAACUUUUUAUUUUCUUUAAUGUUGUAUGUAGGAGAAAUCACUAGUCACUAUUUUUUACCAAUGCAAGCACUUUUUUUUCUUCUUUAAAAAUAUAUUUAGUUUUUUUUUUUCUGUAAAUAAUUGUAUUUCUUAAGUGUUGCAUUUUGAUUCUCAAGCCUUAAUCAGUGCCUAUCUGAAUACUUAAACAGUACCAGUUAUCAUGUAGUUUUUCCAGUCUAGUUAGUACCAUAUAUUUUAAAUUGUUGCAUAGAUAUUAACUUAAAUUCAGAACUCUUCCUCUUUUAAGCAUCUUCCAUAAUACGGUGAAUAGUUUAAUUUCCUCUUUUAGUAUUUUUUGUGUUCUGCAGUUCUAUGUGUGAUUUUUCAUCAAUUUCCAGCUACUAACAGUGUUGAUAUUUCAUAAAUUAUUUAGGAUAGAUUUUUUUUUAUUAGUCAAUCUGGUGUUUGACAAUUAUUCUUGUUUAUGGUGUCUUCCAAAAUUAAUAAAACUGCAUUUCUUUAAUGAUGGCUUCUAUGUUAAAUUAAAUUAAAUUAAAAUUAGUUAUACACCCAAAGAUGCUUUUAAAUGGUUUUUGUAAAUUUUUUUGCCCUCCCACCUGCUAUUACAGAUGAUGUAAGAUUAAAGCCACAAAUAGAUUUUUAGUUCUCAUUUAUCUAAAGAUAAUGAUAAAAUAUCACCAUUUAUAAUUCUUAAAUCCAAAACCAAUAUUGCAGUUUAAGAUUAGAAAUGGCACCUAAUUUAAAGUUUCUCUAUUUAAACAACCAUUAUAUAUUAUUUGUGGUUUAACAAUAAACAAUCUAUAACUAAAUUAAUGAAAUUUCAUGCACAGUUCUAUCAAUUUUUAUAUUCUAAGAACUUUAUUUAUUUGAAUAUAUUUGUUGUAUAAAUCUUCUUUAUCGUGUAUUUCAUGUAUCAUAAAUUUUCUGUUUUAAAACUAUUAAUCAUAUUAUUAUAAUUGUGCCAUUAGAAAAUAUUUGUGGAAUAAAAAUUGAAAAUAAUCAUCAAAUAAUAAUUUUUCAUGAAAUAAAUUGAUCAUUUUUUUAGGUAAAGAUAUUUUUCAUAUAAAAAAUUAUAUUUAUUAAAAGAGAUUCAUUAUUUUUGUGAUUGAUAAAUAUGAGCUUAUUAUCUAGAAAUGUAUUGUACUGAAUUUAUAUAUUUUAAAAGUUCUACAAAUAUUAAGAGUUCUUAUAAAAAUACCAGAAAGAAUCUUAUUAUUUAAAGUUUAUCUAAUUGAUAUUUAUCACUGUCCAUUCAUGUAAUCUAAAGAUGGUAUUUUGGUUACCUUAAUCUAGGAAGUUUUCUAUCAUUUUUAAAUUUAGUCAGAACAUUAAUAAACCAUUAUGUUUGAUAUUUACUGUAAUAUAAAUUUAUAACUUGUGGUAAUUGUUACAGUUAGAAUGAAAUGAUAAUUAAUAAACAAUUCUUCUGACUUGUAAAUAAAAAUCAAUUAGGGUUAAAUUGAACUAAAUUAUAUGUUUUUACAAAUAUUUGAUCAGUGGCCAUAUUAAAAAAAAAAUCAUAAAUGUUUACUUAAACAUUUAAUUUAUUUAUUCUUGGAUUAUUACAAGGCCAUUCAUUAUUAUUGUUAUUAAUUAAAAAUAUAUUUUCAUAAAAAAAUAAAUAAAUAAUUUAGUUGAGACCAUUAUUACUGGAUUUUAACAAAUGUGCAGUUUUAAACUUUUCUGAAAUACCAGUUACUUUAUCAUUGUAUUUUUGAUGUUGUUAUUUUUUUAUGAUUUAUACAUUUUAUUUGAAAUCCAUUUGUUUAAUUUUCUUUUAAAUUAUUGUAAUUAUUGGAAAUCACUUCAUGUAGUUAUAACUUAAUGUGUCUUAACAUUUAAUGUCUCCUGUUAAAGAAAAAAAAUUGUGUAAAAAAUUGUUAGAAAAACGCCAUGAAAUGUGUCAUAAAAAAUUAGCCAAGUUUAGUAUAAAUGUUAUGAAUACAUGUAAAUUUUGUUUAGUUUUAUAAGCAAAUCAACCACUUUCCCCGUUCUCUUUAAAUGUGUAAAUAUUCAAAUGUUAUUUAAAUAUAGGGAUUAGUGGCUGUAUUUUUAUUUAUAGUUGUUGUAUAAUACACAUAUUCUAUUUAAUAAAUCCUAAUGUUGGGAUGGUGCUACUGUUUAAAAGCUAAAUGUUUUCUAUUAGAUUUGUUGCAACCUUUAAAAAUUUAUUUAUCUUCACAGUAAUAUGCAAUUUGAUGUACACUGUAACCCAUUAAACACCCACAGUUAUUUCUAUACACAUCGUGUAUAAUGAUUAAAUGUUAAGAUUUAGAAAGUGAAAGAUUUUAGAAUCCUCUGACUGAUGUGUUGUGUAUAGAUCAUAAAUAAAUGUGAAGAGGAAGUUCAUCUUUUUUUUUUAAUUUAUUUUUUUAGUUGUUUUUUUUUUAGCUAAGAGCUUAUAUUUAGUUAAGUUAUUAUUAAAAAAAAAACAGGGUGUGAUGGCUCAUGUUUGGUCCAAAAUCACUUUGCCUUAUUAAACUUCACAUUUCAGUGAAGUUAAAUAGUGUAAUUUCCUAUCACGGUUGUCUUUCAACCAUUGCAAGCAUGUAAUUUGACAAUGUUACACAAAGUAUACUUCAUUUACAUGUUUGCUCAAUAUCACUUCGUUUUUAAUUAUAAACCAGUGUCACUGACAACAAUAUUUGUUAUUUACUUGAAAAUAAGAGAUAUAUUUAUAAUGUAUAAAUUAAUCAAAUAUUUAGUUUAGUUUUUUUAUUUGUGCCACAUAAAUAUCAUGUACCUAAUUCUUCUUAUAUCAUAUUUGCUUCUUCUUUCAGUUUUUUUCUUUUCUAAUGAGAGGAAUGUAUAUUGUUAUUAACAGUUAACUUGUAUACAUAAAUAGGUAUAUAAGUAUAAAUAUUUUGGUCGUUUUCAUUGUUUAAAUAUAUAUGUGAUGAUUUUUAAAUCCAAAAAUAUAUAUAUAUAUAUAUUUUUUUUAUAAUUGAUAGUUCCAACCGGAUUCACAAUGUGAUUAGUUAUGCUGAAUAAGAGUAAUAUGACAUGAAAAUGACUAGUGGAGAAACUACCCUUUGGUUGUAGUACUCCAACAAGGUAUAGAUUUAAAGUAUAAAAAUGUAUUUAUCAACUGUUUUUCAUUAUAAACUCAUACAAUUUUAAGUAAAUAUACAUCACCAAUCAAUCAGCUGUUAUAUUAUUAAGUUUUUGUUUAUGUGUAAAUAAAAUACUAUUUGCUAUUGUAUGGAUCUAUCUUGUUUUGUUGAUUAUAAAUUGAGUUGUAUUUAUAGAAAAUAUGAUUUUACAUAUCAAAAGAUUAUAAUUUUCAUUGAAUUAAAAAUUGUGUACUAUUGUCAGAAACAUGUUUUUAACAGAGUAGUGUUCAUAUUUUUCUUAUUUAUAUAUAAUGCUAUAACAAAAUCAUAUAUAAAUAAAUGUUAGGAUAUGAACUAGAAUUGUACAUACUGAACAAGGAAAUGUAAUAUAUUUUUACGAAAGUAUAUCCACGUUGUAAUAGAGUUGGUGCAAAAUAUGUUUACCCUUCAUUUUUAUUUAUUAUUACUUUUGAUUUUUUUUUUAGCUUAGUGCAAUAAGAAAACCAUAUUAUGAAUAAUAUGUUGUGGAAGGGUAACAUUUAUCUAGUGUCUGGUUUUGUCUUAGGUUGUUUUGAAGUUAUAAUGAUUGUACCAAAAGGGUAAUAUAUUUAUCAGUCAAGUAUUGUUUAUUAUGAAGCAAUUUUUAACCCAUUCUCUAAAUAAAAUAAUAAUAAUACCUUGUUA